UACAGCUCAGGCUGUGUAUUUAUUUGUAUCCUGCUUUUCUAUCUGGACUGAGGCCCAAAGCAUCCUUUUAACAAUGCAAGGAUUUAAAGAGCCGGGAAGAAAAGCAAACGCAACAACAUACACACUUUUCUCGGGGUUUUCCAGACAGAAAAGCACCUAGACAUGUCAGAGGGAGCUAUUGACCCAAAGGAAUCACUAGAGCCAUUGCCAAAUGAAAUGACCAGCUGCCCAAAAUGAAAGGCUGACCGCAAACGAAACGGGUAGUUGAGCAAGUGGCCUGCGGUGGGAGCCCGGCCGUGAUUUCCGUGCUUCGUUUCCAUCAUCUAUGCAAUAUCACGUUUCAUUCCUGACCUUUCUAAACAGCUUUCCCCAAAGUGCGGGGCAAGAAAGCGAAAGCAGCCAGAGAGGGAGGCAAAAGGGAACAACGCCAGUGAAGUGACAUGUUGGAAAGCAAAGAAAAAGAACAGAAAUUGAAACCAUCCAACUCCAUAGAAGUGAAAAGUCAGCUGCUUUCCUGCCCAGAGUGACCUGGGGUUGCCCAGAAAGGUCAAAUAAUGUACUAGAAAGAAUCGGAUUUGGGGACCAGAGGCACCCAUUGGGUAUAACUAGACUGGCUUCUGUGCUCUUACAGACUCAAGCCUCAACUGUCUUCUAACUCCUACCAGUAACACCGGCUUCUGUACUCUUACAGACUCAAACCUCAACUGUCUUUUAACUCCUACCAGUAACACCGGCUUCUGUACUCUUACAGACUCAAGCCUCAACUGUCUUCUAACUCCUACCGGUAACUGGCUUCUGUACCCUAACAGACUCAAGCCUCAACUGUCUUCUAGCUCCUACCUGUAACACUGGUUUCUGUACUCUUACAGACUCAAGCCUCAACUGUCUUCUAACUCCUACCGGUAACACUGGCUUCUGUGCUCUUACAGACUCAAGCCUCAACUGUCUUCUAGCUCCUACAGGUAACACUGGCUUCUGUGCUCUUACAGACUCAAGCCUCAACUGUCUUCUAGCUCCUACAGGGAGAAGACCGGCUGGAGGCCUGCCAGAAGGAGGCCGGGGAGGUGACCGAGAUCAUGUUGGAGAACUACAGCAAGGUCCUGGACCGGGAGGUCAAGCUCAGCGAACUGGACGAACGGGCGGACGAACUCCGGAACCAGAGCGCGGCCUUCAGCAAGACGGCCAAGACGGUGGCUCAGAAGAAGCGCUGGGAGAACGCCAAGUGCAAGCUGAUCCUGGCCGGAGUGGUGGCGGCCGCCCUCCUGGUCAUCGUCCUGGCCAUCGUCCUCUCCUUCCUCCUCCCGGGGUCGGCGGCAGGGGAUGCGGCUGCCGCUUCCUCGGCCGGAGGGAACUGAAAGACCCAUCAAUCUCCGUCAAUCACCAUUGGCUCAGGGCCCACCAGACCCUGUUUGGGGACUUUGUUGGAAGCAAGCUGUUCUGAGUCAGAAGGCAUCCUCUGUUUUUGGAAAGAGUUGGAAGAGACCCCGAAAGCCAUCCAAUCCAACAUCCUCCUGGUAAUCAUGGAAGACACAAUCCAAGCACCCUCGACAGAUGGCCAUCCAGCCUUUGCCUGAAAACCUCCCAAGAGAAGGAGGUUCCACCAGACUGAAUCCUAGAAUGUGAAGGCAACCUCCACAAUAAUCCCGUCCAAGCCCCUUCUGCCAAGUAGGAUCCCACCUAAGCCCUCCCGACAGAUGGCCAUGCAACGUCUGUUUAGAACCCUCCAAGGAAGGAGAUGUUUAUUAUUAUAGAAUCCUAGAAUUUGAAGGGAAUCCCCACAAUCAUCCCAUCCAAGUCCCUUCUGCCAAGUAGAAUCCCACUUAAUCCCUCUCGACAGAUGGCCAUGCAACGUCUGUUUAGAACCCUCCAAGGAAGGAGAUGUUGGAGAUGUUUAUUAUUAUAGAAUCUUAGAAUUUGAAGGGAACCUCCACAAUCAUACCGUCCAAGUCCCUUCUGCCAAGUAGGAUCCCACUUAAUCCCUCCCGACAGAUGGCCAUGCAACCUCUGCUUAGAACCCUCCAACAUAUCCAACAUAAACGGGCCGGCAGAAUGUUGGAUAAUAAGGAGGGAUUAAGGAAAAGCCUAUUAAACAUCAAAUUGGGUUACGAUUUUACAAAUUAAGCACCAAAACACCAUGUUAUACAACAAAUUGGACAGAAAAAGUAGUUCAAUGUGCAGUAAUGUUAUUAGUAAUUACUGUAUUUACGAAUUUAGCACCAAAAUAUCACGAUGUAUUGAAAACAUUGACUACAAAAAUGCGUUGGAUAAUCCAGAAUGUUGGAUAAGCAAGACUCUACUGUAGAUGUUUAUUAUUAUAGAAUCUUAGAACUUGAAGGGAACCCAAUGUAUUGAAAACAUUGACUACAAAAAUGCAUUGGAUAAUCCAGAACGUUGGAUAAGUGAGACUCUACUGUAGAUGUUUAUUAUUAUAGAAUCCUAGAAUUUGAAGGGAACCCCUACAACCAUCCAGCCCAAGCCUCUUCUGCCAAGCAGGACCCCAUUCAAGCCCUUCCAACAGAUGGCCAUCCAGCUUCUGCUUUAAAAUCUCCAGACAGGGAGUCUCUACCAGUCUCAAAGGCAGCAUAUUCUACAACCGAAGAGGAGGUUCUUGGCCUCUAUUUGCUCGCAGUUUGAAUCUAUUGCUCUCUGCUUGGGUCCAGAUUGGGCUCCCUGAUAGCAUGGACAUCUCCCUAAAAAAUACAUACCAACCUCCCAAAAGAAGACCCUCCCAACCUUCCCACCUUUCCAUUGCAAAGUGCCAUUUGCUUCUUUUUUUUUAAAAAAUACAUCUUUUUGGACAUUAUCAUGAAGGCGAUUUCCCCGUAACCGGUCUCUUGCUGCUCCAUUCUUCCCUGCAUCCAGCAAGUUCUGGAGGAUUCGCACUGAUGUCCCACAAAACUGUGGGCUUUGCAAUAGCGAUGCCGCCCUGCCCUUUCUGGGUUCUUGGAAAUGUGAAAGCCACGUCUUCAUUUGAGUUAGGUGUUCUUUUAAAGCACUCGUGCCAAGCUGCCGUGUCAAUGGGAGCAUCCCUUAUCUGGAAUUCAGAAAUCCAAAAUUGUCCAUUUGGGUGCCUUUGCUUUCCUGUUGUUUUGUUUUGUUUGUCCUUUAGUUUUCAAUCGUUUUUCUAAUGGGAGCAAACAACUUGACUUUGAGCCCUGCAAGAAGCAUCACUGAUUGUUUCCGAUGUGCAGAGAAUUUGAUUCAGUUAUUACAAGUGACCUUAUUUUUGUCUAAUUCGAUGUCUAUGAAACAUGCAUGUUAUUUCCUACGUGGGUCCCAUCUCAUUACGUACAUAUAUGCAAAUAAUUUGCAAAACAACAAUAACAACAACCCAAAUCCCAAACUCUUCUGGCGCCAAGGAUUUCACAUAAGGGAUGCUAUACUUGUUCUCAUUUACCUGCACUGUUUAACUCAGUGAAAUAUACCGUAAUAACUGAUGUAUUGUUUCAUCCUGGCCAUGAUUAUGAUUGUGGCCAAAUAUCCUAGCAUCACUAUUAUGCAUCCUGCUUUUAGUAUGGUGUUGACCAAUAAUGGGCAAUUUUUUGCGCUUGGUGUGUCAAAAUUCACCAAAAAACCUAGCAUGACUGGGGUGGUGUGUCACUUCGAGAGAAAAAAAUCCAUAAUUUCGCAAUAUGUAUAGUUUAAAUAACAAAAAUAUAUAACUGUAAUAUAUAACUGUAUUUAAUAAAUCAAAAACUAUUUACUACCAUUAUUUCCAUGUACAACAAUCUAUGGUACCUCUUGCCGUUUCCACGCUGAUUUCUCUCUAUUCUAGUUUCAAUGUAGUCAUGAAUAAUAUAAUAACAAUAUAAUAGUAAUAAUAUGAUAAUAAACUACAAUAAUAGAAUAAUAA